CCUGCUCGUAUCAGAGUUGCAUCAGGAGAAGCUCCCAUUUUACAACCUUACUCUACGAGUACUGAUCCUCAUUUGGUAGCGAGUGUAUUCACGUGAAUGUCACAAACCCACCCCCCCAGAAGUGAGCUCCUAUCAUUCCCUUCCGGUUAUUUAAGUACCACAGUGUACAUCUCACCCUCGUCGCGUCCACCUGGAGGAACUCGAGAUGUUUGACCCCUCGUUGCCCCACACUCAGGGAAUCAAUCCUGCAACAAAACAAACCCUCCUAUACCUCCCCUAUGCUAAUGCCUCCACUAUCUUUUCACACUUGUUCCCAACCUUAAUUUCCCCUUCCCUCCCGAAGCCCUUCAUCCCCAGCUUCUACCGCCCCCGUCAUUCUCGGACCCCCUGUUCCUCACUCCUACCGGCACCAUAGAAACCCAAAUGGAGGUUAGCAACUCAAACUUCCGCCAGCUUUUGCCUGACAUAAUCAGCAGCAUCGAUAACUCUUGUUUCGUCGCCGUCGACCUUGAAUUGAGCGGAAUACACAAAACCUUUGGGCCGCGCAAUACUCCGCUAAACAGAAAACAAACUCUAGAAGAACGAUACAAGGAAGUGAAGGCGGCAGCAGAAAGGUUCCAAGUACUACAACUUGGGCUAUGCGCAGUGUCUUACGAUGAGCUGCUCGAAUCCUACGUUUGCCGGCCAUUCAACUUUUUCGUGAACCCCAAUUCUGAGCAAAAGUUUGGCCUGGAUCGUGAAUACGUUGUGCAAGCAAGCGCCAUUGGUUUUCUUCUCGAGAGUGGCUUCAACUUCAAUUCUACAUACACCUCUGGAAUCCGCUACUUGAGUCGUAGGGAGGAACGGUAUGUGAUUGAACGGGAAAACCGCCUGGCUCAGGAGUUUAAGGAAGACAUUCACAUCGAUGAGGCGUCCCAACAAUUUGUCAAGGACUUUAUCGCCGAGAUUCAAGAAUGGGUGGAUGAUCCGAACCCAACCUUCGAUUUCGUCAAUAUCUCAACUGUCGGCCAAGGAGUUAAUAGUUACCAGAAACGGCUUAUACAUCAAGUUGUCAGAAAGACAUUCCCGCAUCUUCAGACCUUGGGCAGGCCAACUUUUGUCCAGGUAAUACGGACUGACCCAGCCGCUGAAAAGAUGAAGCGCGAUGAACGUAGAGCACGUUUCGAAACCGAUGUUGAGAGAGGAAUUGGCUUGCGACACGUUAUCGACGCUCUUUUUUCUUCACAGAAGCCCCUUAUAGGCCAUAACCUUUUCACUGAUCUGAUCAACCUUUACGAAUGUUUUAUUGGACCCUUACCUGACACUUCAAAAGAGUUUGCGCACGCCAUACAUGAAAGCUUUCCAAUAGUAAUCGAUACCAAAUUUAUAGCGACCUGCGAUACAGAGACUGCAACUUACGGCUCUAAUUUACAAGGAAUCUGGGACCUUCUCAGCACCCAAGAUUUCCCCGCAAUCGGGCUCGACCUUGGAUACACCCGUUACGCUACCUCAAGGCUCGCCCACGAAGCUGGAUAUGACAGCUACAAUACCGCCCAAAUUCUAAUCCGCCUUAUUGGUCGCUAUCAGGCGUACCUGAGCCGUCAUCUAGCUUCUGAAAAUGGUGAUCCGGAAUCCAUGGCCAUCAAGCACCUUCUUGACUACCUUCAUAGGCUUGACAGGUUCCCGCUUGCAGAUCACCGUAUAGAUAUUCCGAAGCGCUUCCCAUCGCUAGAGUCAGGUUUCUGGAAGGUGUUCACCAACAAGCUUAGAGUCAAUGGCACUCUGGAAGGAUUGUGGGUGUUGGGCAAGUAAUGGCUUGUGAGAGUAGAUUGGUGCUUUACUACCCGGUAGACCGGCGCCCUUUUUGUGUUAGUCACCCGAAUAAUUAGUUUCAUUGUACCUUCGA